AUGCAAAAGGAAAUUCCCCUCCAAGAAUCUAUCAUACAGCAGUCUUCAUGCCACUGGCGACUAGGUUCCAUGAUGGAAUGCCAUCGGGUCACAACACCCGACAAGUCAUACACCGCGAAAUGGAAAGAUGGGGACUCGUGGUACCACAUUGGCCCCGCGACCGCAGAAUCUAUUCUUGCUCGCGCAGAAGCCAACGACUUUCCCCUGAUUCACAAGACGGGGAACCAGUCCGCUGUGUGGGCUAUCGGAAAUAACGCCAUCUGCAAAGUCCACCCUUGGGUUGCGAACAUGACCCAGGAGAGUGAGAUCAUCCAGUUUAUUCGAGAAAAUGCGCCUGACAUACCGAUUCCCGAAGUGAUUCAUUCCUGGGUCGAUGGGGAUCGAAGCUUCCUGGUUUUGAGACGAGUCGAGGGUACGACGCUGAGGGAUGCCUGGGAAACCAUGACAUUCAAUCAGCAAAAGUCCAUGGUGGACGAAGUAGCUGGCUAUUGCGAUAUCAUGGCCUCCCUACAAUCAGAGCGCAUCGAGAGUGUACAGGGUGGUGCGAUUCGAGAACCUUACCUAGCAGAACACCCGUGCGACUUGUUAGGACCUCUGACUGCAAGCGAGAGCAAGAAAUACUUCUUUCGGGAUGACUUUCAGCAAAACCCGAAGAUUGGUAAUUCGUUUCACUUUUAUCACUCUGAUCUUGGGCCUGGCAACAUCAUGGUGCACAAUAACAGAGUAUCGGCAAUCAUUGACUGGGAGUCGGCUGGCUUCUACCCUCACUUUUGGAUUUCCACCAAACCAUCCGUCUCUCCGGGCUUUGAUUUUGACCCACCAACUCCAGGCGUCGAGGAUUUUGAGUGGCGGAGGUUGCUGAGAACCAAACUUCAAGAACUUGGCUACCCACGAUAUGCAGAUUGGUAUAUGAAAUGGAGAGGCAUUGAAUCUUGA